CCAUCCCAAGUUCUCGCCGUCUCCGUUUCACGGUGCCCCCAUCUCUCGAUAUUCCGUCUUCAUGCUGACGGUGCUUUGACUCUACGGUUCCCUCCCCAACCAGUAUCCAAACUAGCGCCUCGAGCUUCGUUUGCGCGAAGCAACUCCAGUUUCUGCCUGUUGCUUUGGACCUGGACGGUCCUGCUUCUCCGCAAUCAUGACGGCCGGACUUAAAACAAUCAUCGCCCUCUCCUUUGUUCUCGCCAUUGGCUUCCUGCUCGUCAUCCUGUCCUCGGCGCUCUGGCACAACUUCCUGCCGUUGGUGGUUGUUGCGACCUACGUGGUUGCUCCACUGCCCAACUGGAUCUGCUCACGAUGCGCAAACCCCGAUGAUUUCAUGGACAGCUCGGGCAACGCCGCCGCCGACUUUGGACGUUUCAUGACGGGCUUCCUGGUGUUGAUGGGUAUCGCCCUCCCAUCCGUCCUUGCGCACAGCGGCGCUAUCGAGAUUCCCGCCAUGGUCAUGUCCAUCAUCGGCGGUCUUUUGAUCUACGGAACCAUCAUCAGUUUCUCCAUGUUCUUCAAGGAGCAGGAGGACUUCUGA